CAGCUCUUGUGGACUGUAGCACUUUGGUGGGAGUUUAGCAGUAGUGAGAGGUUGGCACUUGCCACGCGUGGGCUCGGGUCGGUCAGCGAGCGGAGGGCAGUUUUCAGAGAGCCUGCAAUCGGCGCAAACUACAACUCCCAGCUCGCUUUGCGGCACAAUGGGGCGCGCAUGUGCCGCCGCCGCCUCGCGCUGCAUGCCGGGAACUAGUUUUUCCGGAAGAGGAGUGAGGCCGUGAAGAUCUGCGUUGCUUGCGGCUCCACGUGGGUGGUGGAGGGGCCCGGCGUCGGCUCCCAACCUCUGCCCUGCACCGAGCAGGCGGCGUUGACACGUGCAGCUUGGAUGGCAGUUACCUCGAGUUAGCGCCUCCGCUCCCGCGGUGGUCUCGGGGUUCAUUCGGGCUCUUCACAGGGACUCAUCUCCUUAUUUGGAGGGAAGCAGCAGAAGAGCUCUGUUUUUGGAAGCUGUAUCAUAUUCCCCAGUUCCACAUGCAUGUAUGACAAGCCUUGAAGAGCAUUAGUGGUAGGAUAGCCACAAUAAACAGCAAUUUGCAGGCCUUUUUCUCUGGAAGAAAGACAUACUAUUUUUUUAUUAAUAUUUUGCUCAUUUUAAAUGUUUCUCCAGAUAGCCCUUAGAUUUGAAUUAUACAUUUAUUUGUGCAAGCUGCACUUACUGUUAGACCUUUCCUGGAAAUCUUCCCCAGCAUAUUGAUUUCUUAUUAUUAUGGCUUUCUUCCUUCAAGCGAGUUACUGGGGUUUGCAGACUUUCCUGGGUAGACGUUUCCUGUUUCAGCCUGCUUCCACUUGUCAGAAGUCACUGGUUCUCAUGGUUGACCUCCUCAGUAGGGAUCGAGUUAAAGGUUUGCCUUUUACUACAUCUUCCCAAUCUGCACUACCUCAGAAGCUCAAAGGAGUUCAUAUGCUGCACAAGUCCAGAUCUAGAAGCAGAGAUGGAAGAAAAGUAAAAAUGCAGGAUAGCUGCAGGGAAGAGGAGAAAAGUCUUAUACACCCAUUCUUUGCUGGAGCUGCCAAACAGCGAUCAGAGAUCCAAAGGACACCUACAGCUAUAAGACUGCUCAGGCUGUCUAGAAGACAUGAUAUCCAGCCUCCAGAAAAACCUUUGAAUGCUAAGGAGUGGCAGGAAUUGAGGACACAACUGAAGCUUUGUACAGAUUUUGAGAUUGUAAUGUUACGACAAAUGGUCAAGCACAAGAGCUCCAUAGAUGUGGCCAAGUCCUUGAUGGCUGAUGUGGUAUUGAGAAAUGGGGAUGUCAGGUAUAAUUUAUUGAUUGCGUACCUGACUCUGUGUCUCCAGCAGGGGCAGACAGCAGAGUUUUUUGAUAUCUAUGAUAUAAUAAAACUCAAAUUUAAGACUUUAGAAACUGGGGGUUACGGUGUUCUGAUCAGGGGUCUGAGUGGUACAGAGCGCUGGAGAGAGGCCAUUUUGCUCCUGAAGGAAAUGAAAAAGUUUACAGUCCCCUCAAAAGGGUGCUAUGGACAUUGUAUCAAAGCGGCUCUCAAUAAUCAAGACAUACAACUGGCAUUAGAGCUGUAUCAUGAAAUGUUGGCCAAGAAUAUAAUGCCAAACUUGGAUGUGCCGCAGGCCUUUUUUGACAGCAGCAAGGGUACACAAGAUGAUAAAUUAAAAAAAGAACUCUUAAGCAUGCUCCUGUGUUUUAGAGAGAACCAAGUCUAUCCUAAUGAAGCUCUUAUGCAGAGUAUAAAGCAGUGGUUUGAAAGUAUUCCAGGAGAGAAAUGGACAGGACGCUUGACCAGCGUUGAAAAUGGUUGUGCAUGUCCAGUUUGUAACCAAGUCUUAGAAACUAUUGAGCUAAAUGAAAAGGAAUAUAAUAUUCUCAAGGAAAAAAUAAUGAAGGAUGUGAUGAUGCAGGGGAGCAAUACAUUCAGGACUACAACUCCCCAGGAACUCAAAAGAUUUCAAGACUUCGUGAAAAGUAGACUUCCGUAUGAUAUUGUGAUAGAUGGGCUUAAUGUUGCCAACUCUGUCAAGAAACUCAACAAAUAUAAAGUUCUAUUUGAUGUUAUUUCCUACUUCGCACAGCAGAAUCUGCGGUUGCUUGUGCUGAGCCGAAAACACUUGAUGAAGGGAUUUCAAACCUGGAAUGGGAAUGCAGUGACUGCCCUGCAGAGGAAAGUAGAUUUCUUUUUUACUGCAAAUGUAUCACAGGAUGAUCCCUUUCUGUUGUACGCCACUCUUCAUUCAGGCAAUCACUGUAAGUUUGUUACUAGAGACCUUUUGCGAGAUCACAAGGCUUGUUUUACUGAGACAAGUAUUCGACACCUGUUUUUCAAGUGGCAACGGGGACACCAGUUGAUACUUUCUCCCUUGGUCUCACACAAGAUAAUUUUUAUGCCUAUACUUAAUUUCAAUACGGUGGUACAGACUACAGGUGACACAUGGCAUAUUCCAUAUGAUGACCAGCUGGUGGAAAGAUAUUCCUAUGAAGUGCCAAGGAAAUGGCUUUGCCUUCAGAGAAAAUAAGAAGAGUGCAGUUUUACAAAUUGAAGCUUCACUCAUUUACUACUGUUGCUAGCUGGCUACCAACCCCGCCUCCCCCCCCCCCCAACCAUGCCUAGUUACAGGAUUAGCAUGCCAUAUGUAAAUCCUGAAGCUGACUAAAUGUUCAGUUACUAUAUUGGGCUAAAUUCAUUCUUGCUGUAAGUUCAUUGAAGUCAGUGACAGUACACCAAGGGUGAAUUCUGACCAUUACAAUUGCAAACCAUUUUUGUAUCUUACUAGUUGACUUUUUUUUUUUUUUAAUUAAAGAUUAAUUUUUCCAUCUUUGAAUGUCAUAGUUCUUUUUCUCAAGUAUUUCAACAGGAGUGAGAUUCAAGAAGUUUGAACUUAUAGGCAUAUUUCUGAAAUUAUACCAGGGAGCUGCACAUUGAACCUGAUGCACAUGGCUCAGUUUAUUGGACCUAGUGUGUCAGGCUGGUGCACUUGAUGUUUACUAUUCACCUUUUAAAUUUAGUAUUGGUCUCUCCUUAAACUAAGACUUUGUAUGCAAGAAAUUUGUUGAAGCAACAUCUGUUAAGUUUUUGUUUGUGAGCAUAAAGGAAAUCAAGCAAUAGAAUGACUUGUGGAUUCCAACACUGUAACUAAAUUUUAGUUUCUAUCUUUCCAAAGAUGUACAGUAUUGAACUGAUGUGCUCAUGGAAACAAGCCUGUUUUUUUAAAUAAAUAUUGAUCAUGGACAUGCCUUCACUACAACCAAUGAUAUGGACUUAGACUCUGUGUAGACUCUUGUAAAUUGCACCUGAAAUUAUAACACCACAAAAGAUGGUGCAGAAUUACAUAAACAUGAAGAAUCCAUUAUUA